AUGACCAAAGCGAGGAUGAAAAAGGAUGGAGACGGGAAAGGCAAGAACAUGUGCAGCCGCUUCGACUUUCGGAGAAUACUUGAGAAGACAGUCUUGUCUAUUGUCGAGCCUGAGGUCGACAUGCCUGUUGAUAAGUCCACUACUGAGAUGGAGGUGGAGCCAGAGUCAGUUGCCGUUACUGAGAUGGAGGUGGAGGUAGAGUCAGUUGUCGCUACUGAGCUGGUUCGGGAGCCAGAUGGAGUUGUCGAGCCUGAGGUCGACAUGCCUGUUGUUAAGUCCACUACUUAG